GAUUGGCAAUAUUACAUACACUAUACCAGGUAUGAUGGUACGUAAACUGCAUUGACUGACUGUCAGUUUCUCUGGGGGAUUGGAUAUGCCAAGAAAACACCAUGGCAAUGAAUGCAGUGAAUGCAGAGCUGAAGCAAGCCAGGAAAAAAUUAGAGGAGGCGCUUGGUGAUAACCUUCCUGCUUACUGGAUGGUGAUGAAACAGUGGUAUCGUCAGAAAGUAGACAAAGAUGAAUUUGACAAUGAAGCCAUACGAUUGCUGACAGAGAGGAAUGUCCACCUGCACAAUGAGUUUAUGGUUGCUAUCUUUACAAAGUGCCAAACUGCCAACUUCAUCCUAGACUCCAAUGCAGGUAAAGGAGCAACUUCCGCUGUUACGCCACCAACUCCAGCACCAAGCAAAGUGGCGAAGAAGACAAAGAGCACCAAGAAGAAGAAAGCUGUUGUGAGAGCCACUUUUGAGAAUCGCUUCAUGCCCAGUGAUCCUAUGCAGUAUCUACCAAUCGAAGUGUCGAAGCCUGUAGCCAACGAUAAAGUUGAUUUCUGUACCAAGGCAGCUUGCCUACCAGAUGCUGAAAUGCUUCAUGGAAGAGUGUUUGUGACGACCUGGGAAUGGGGCCUGGAGGGUGUCACAGAUUCCACUGUUCCUCUUAUCCUCCAUGCUAUCCAACACACCCUCAAAAGUAUUAUCAGUGCAAUGCUUUCAAGACAGUCUGCCUACGAGAUCCGGGAUGGGUGCUUCAAGCAUGCCAAUGGUCAAUAUUUCACUGAAACAACGCCGCAAGCAAGAGAAAGAGAAAACAAGGCUGAUGUCCAGUCUUCUACGGACUCGCCAAGCUCUAAUAUCGUAAGUAAGCUCGGAGUGGAUGAAGUCGAGCAGAAGGCCGUUUAUAGACUCGCUACCGGUGGCAUGGCCCCCAUGAACAAGACGCUAACAUUAGAAGAUUUACUGGAUGCCAUGAUGGUCAAUGGUAGACUGCUGGCCUCUCAUACAGUUUCUUCAUUAGCAAUAGAAAGGGUUCUGUGUAGUCUUUGGCAUCCCGAUCAAUAUCAACUUGACCAGGAUGAGAAAUUCAGGCAACAACUUGCAAAACCGUUUUCCAUGGACAGACGGUAGCAUUGAGCAACCAAUAAUUGUUUUGUUUUGGAGAUAACUUGAACUAGACAGAUUAUAUUUAAUUCAGUGAAAAUUUGAAUUCAGUUUUGUCUCACUGAACUUGUAUAGUGGGAUGAUUGGGAUCACUGGGAUGAGAUGUAGGAGUGAGAUACUGGAGUCCAUAUGUUACAAAUAUGUAAUCCUAAGACAUCUCUUGAAUGCAGAUUUAGAAGUAAGUUUAAUUUUUAGGUCACUGGUUACCUUACAUGUAUAGCUGCCUGAAUGGAUCGCCACAUGCUCAGAAAAUGAAACACUGAGACUAUAUGAACAUGAAGCAUGAGCAAAACCCUUUCUUAUCUGCCAUCCAUUUCUUAUCUUUCCAAGGCUUCUUUUCAGAAAGGCAGCUACAUGUACAUCCAGACUGCCUCUGAAAUCAUAAGUAUGUCUGAUCACCUCCACCAACAGCUAUUAUAUUGUAUUUGUGUAUUUUCUUGGGUUAGGGCCAAGUCAUGCCAGAAAUUUUUCACGUCUCUUGUCUACGAAAUGAUGCUUUGAGUAGGCCAUAUUACUGGUAACUAUGAAGCUCAUCAAGCAAAUCUUUGCCAGAAAGUUUUCAAAAGAUACUUGGUCCCUCAGCAUGAACUUCGCUAUUGUGCUUGUUUAAUAAAGCCGUUUGUACAUGUACAUGUAAGUUUCAAAUGGCUUAAUGCAUGAUCGUUGACCCUUUCUACUAAAUGCUGCAUCCCAAUGUAGCAAACCUUACAUAUGAAUGCGUAAAGUCGUUCAUAACUUUAUGAACAGCUUUAUGGAACAGUAUCACCUGGGACGGCUGAUUCAGUCUUAUCUUGGAUGUCAUGAAAUGCUAAUUCUGAUAUAUUUUUAUGAAAAGGUAAUUGUGUUGCCUCUUCCUGGGUGUUCAAUGUACGUAUGUAUGUUUGAUUAGUUAUCACUUUCAUGAUUAUUUAAAAAGCAGAUGUUGGACUUUUUGUUUCAUGAAAGUAAAACUAUAUGAUAUGCUGAAUUAACACUGGUCAAGUAUGUGUGUGUGAGUCACAUGUUGAAUGGUGUACUAAUGGGGGGGGGGGGCAAUCACCCCCAAGGAAUAAAAUUGAGUUCAUUUCUGAUUGUAAUUGACUCCUGAUUUUAGCUGAAUGAAAUUAUUUCUAGGUACACAUAUUUUUGUUUUUGUAGAUUUUAACCUGAAAUCUCUCAAUUCUCAGAAGAAGUAGCAGCUACAUGUAUGUCUAUUGUCUGUCAGCUUUAAAUUUGAGACUUCAUUUGUAAAGGAUAUUGGUUUGCCUCUUGUCUAUCUUAUUGUAUGAACAUUGAUUUCAAAUAUUUAAAAAAGAUCAAUAUGGAAGUGACAACUACGCUUUUAUAUGACUUCAUUAUAAUUUUUUUUAUUAACUGCAGUGAGAAUAUCAACAAGAUCAUGUAAGAAGAUAUAUUUUGUUUCCCUCAAGUCAGGUAAUCCCUUAUGGAACAAAAACAUAUAGUCACUCUGUAACAGAAUGUGAAAAUCAGUGAAAUAUCCAAUUUCACAGUGUUCAUGAAUAUCAAAAAUUUCCAUACAUGUUGUGAUAGAUUGCAAAAUGCAGAGAGAACCUGCAACUGUUUGCAGCUUUUGUAGUUAUAUUCUCCUGAUGAAAAAAAUCCAACUAUUCAUUUUUAAUUCAAAUACAAUACAAUUCAACAAUAAUGUAGUAUGAAUAGAUGAGGCACAGGAAAUGCACAUUCUUUGUAUGACAAACUCAAGUACGUACAUGUAGUCUUAUGUCCCCAUUUAAAUAAGGCCGAAAAAUGUUUGGCAAAAACAGCUCCCUUUUUUGGUUUUAGUGAGUUAAAUGCUAAUAUUUAUUUUCUUCUUGGGUAGAAAGGCAAUUUGUCCAAACUUUCAAGACAUUGGUGUUGAAAAGAAAAUUUGUUGGUAUGGGCGCUCCCAACACCCUGUGCAUGCAUUUUUUAGGUCUUUGAUAGAUGGAAGCAAUUUGGGUAAUAUUGCAGUGAAUUGAUGAAGUACAUACAUGGCAUAUACAUGUUUUGUUUUAUCCUUCAUAGAUGCAAUUUCUCAGAUAAAAACUAGGUUUUCCCUUUCCAACGUUCAUUUUUUUUUUAUUCCAAAGAAAUCUGUUUUAUUGGGUGUGUAGGAAAAUGCCAACUCUAGUUGAUUUUCUCAAUUUAUUGAUCCAUGCAAAUAGACAUCCCUGUAUGUAAUUGUGUAGUAGUGUAAAUUAUGGUGAGUUCCUUCUUAGGAAUAGGUAAUUUAACAUGCAUGUAAGCAGUAUUCAUAUGUACCUGCAUGGAAUAAUGCAGUUUUCAUAAUAAAAUUUAUGAACUUA